AUGCUACAAAUUAUAAUCUGGUUUCUUUUGCUGAGAACCGUCACCGCAUGUUCUCUACCUGGGAAUGCGUCGUACAUUGCUGCGCCGGGGUUCCCAACUUCUGCCUUCGUAUCAUACUAUGACUCGCCAGCUCUGCCAACUAAGGAGCCUCAGCCCAUCAUUCAUGACCCGGUUCUGAACUACACGUUCCCGUUAGAGCUCACAACCCCUGAUCCCAUUCCUCAAAACAUGGAUGAGCCAUUAUUCCCUCCUAGUCAGGGGACCAUGCUACCGGAUGAGAAAAAUGCUUUCAUUGCGGCUAUAUCAGCCAAUGUGACCGGCAUCAUUAAUGGUAACAGCUCGGAAAACUCAUGUGAUAGAUGCAAAAAGGCCCUUGUUGCGGCAAAACCUGCAGCACUUUUGGCUCCAACCAUGGUCCCCGAUACUAUGGUCAGUCUUUGCAAGGCUUUUAAUUUUGCGCCUAGCGGAAGCUGUGAAGAACAACAUUCUACACACACAUUUGGUGCAACCUGGACGCAAGUUCUUGCCUGUGCAGACGUGCAAGGCCUCGAUGGCCAGUACAUCUGCAAUCACCUGAGCAAAAGCUUCUGCCCCCAGCCCCAUACUCGCCCACUGAACAAUUCAGUCCUGUUUUCCAAGCCUAAGCCUCUCAACGCCUAUGCUCCGAAGGCAAGUGGUGAGCGGAUCAAGGUGCUUCACAUGUCAGACCUGCAUCUAGAUGCCCGAUAUGCAGUCAACUCUGAAGCAAAUUGCACAUCAAAUCUCUGCUGCCGAAGCAACAAUCACAAUGAGCACUCAGAAGAUAAGGUUCUCUGGCCUGCGUCGCCAUAUGGAUAUUUCAAAUGCGACACACCAUACAACCUUGCUUUGGCUGCUUUGCAAGCUGUGGGACCUCUGACGGGUACAGGACAAGGUCGUUGUGCGGAAUCCCUAGCGUGGACUUUGUAUACUGGAGACUUGCAAGCUCAUGAUCCAGAGCAACAAAACUCCCAGGAGUAUCUGGAGUACACUGAGACAAGUGUGUUUGAGAUGUUCAAGAAAUACCUCACAGGACCUGUAUUCGUUACUCUGGGAAAUCAUGACUCGGCGCCAUCCAAUAUCGACUCUCCCCACUUUCUUCCAGGUCGCCUUGGUGAGCAGUCGAGUUGGAACUACAAGCAUGUGGCUGGUCUCUGGCAGCACGAAGGGUGGAUCAGCAAAGAGGAGGCAGAGCAAGCAGCAACGCACUAUGCUGGUUAUUCCAUCAAAACGCAUCAUGGGUUGCGAAUUAUCUCAUUCAAUACCGAUUUCUGGUAUCGGGCCAAUAUCCUCAACUUUAUCAACACUGAAAAUCCGGAUAACUCAGGCAUGCUCGGCUGGAUGAUCGAUGAGCUGCAAAAGGCUGAAGAUGCAGGCGAGCGUGUAUGGAUUAUUGGGCAUGUUCUCAGCGGCUGGGAUGGCUAUAACCCACUCCCCGAUCCGACCAAUCUCUUCUAUCAAAUCGUGGACCGGUACUCUCCUCAUGUCAUCGCCAACACUUUCUGGGGUCACAAUCACGAGGACCAAUUUAUGAUAUACUAUGCAAACAAUGGGACUAUCAAAAAUUCUGACACUGCUCUUUCUACUGGCUGGGUUGUGCCUAGUGUGACGCCUUUGACGGAUCUAAACAGCGGGUUCCGACUUUACGAGGUUGACACGGGUGAUUUCAACAUCUAUGAAGCCUAUACCUUUUUCAGCAAUGUGUCUGAAUAUUCUAGUCUGCAUGAAACAGGUCCGACUUUUCAAUUUGAAUACUCUACUCGUGAUACCUAUGGUCCAGCAGCUGGAUGGGAUAAGCGUUCGCCUCUCAACGCCACCUUUUGGCACCAGGUAACUGAAGCAAUGGAGAAGAAUAUGAGCCUCGUAACCUUGCAAAAUUCCUUGCAGGGUAAGCUGAGUGUCAAGAGUCCCGUCUGUGAUACGCCAGCUUGUCAGCAAGCCAAGAUCUGCUACAUGCGUAGUGGCAGUGCUGGACUGGGAUAUCUUUGUCCUCAAGGAUAUGGAUCCGUGCAGAGUCCCUUCACUGCAAAAUAG